AUACAGGAAAACAGAGAAUGCUGGAUUUGUGCCAGCUGCCACAGUAUAAAGCCUUGUUGCAGCCCUGUACUGUCAUUCGAGGUGUUGACGCAGCACAGGCACAUAGAAAGUCUUUUGACCAGGUUGGACUUUUAACUUUUGAAGAAUGGCAGGUCAAAUCAUAAUCCCUGUACUGCUUCUGUUGGCUACAGGUGGAGUGACAACACAGGCCCAAGGACCACUUUACCCCUACCAAAAUCUUGGAGUGAAGAGCCCCCGAUCAGAUGAUGGAAGCGCCCCUCGAUUCAACCUUCCACAGUCAAAGAGCUUUAACUUUUUUGGCCAGCAUUACUCUCAGAUUUUUUUGAACAACAACGGUGAUCUGACCUUUGAUGCACCAUGGUCUAGCUACAUUCCUGAACAAUUUCCAAGGCAUGGAGGCAGAGACAUCAUCGCUCCAUUCUGGGCCGAUUUAGAUAACACACGCAGUGGCAACAUCAGCUAUUUUCAGCGCUCAAGUGGCCCAGUUCUGCAGCAAGUUUCGGAUGACAUCAAUGUAUACUUCCCAGCCCUUUCCUUUCAUGCCAACUGGGUCUUUAUUGCAACAUGGGAAAAUGUUGCCUAUUUUAACGAGAAUGGAAAACAAACAACCUUUCAGGUCGUCUUGACCACCGAUGGGCAAUUCUCAUUUGUGCUGAUGAAUUAUGGGUCCAUAGCAAAUACAUCAAAGUCUGUACAGGCUGGAUAUGACACAGCCGAUUCCUCUCACCACUUCAGCAUCCCUGGAUCAAUGACUAAUAAUGCAGUCGGAAGCAACUCCUUUUUCAGGCUUCAUAGUAACGUCAAUGUACCUGGACGCUGGGUCUUCCGUGUAGAUCAAGGUUCAACAGGCUGCAAUUACAAUGGUCAAUCUGUUCAACUUGACGACUCUUUCUGGAGUGACAGCACCUGUGCACAGAAGUGCACCUGUACCACAACAGGGGUUCAAUGCAUCAAUGAACCCUGCCCCUUUUCCCAAGUCUGUAAGCCAACAUCCUUCCAAUACUCCUGCAUGUCAGUGGACAGACGCACCUGCACCGUGGGCGGAGAGACCAACACCUUUGACAACGCAACAUUUCCCCUUCAGAGCACAUGCACUCACGUUCUAUCCGAGCAGUGUCAGAAUAACGUGCCCUUCUACAGAGUAGAGGGAAAGAACGAGCUUGGUGGCAGCACACAGCUUGUCAAAGUCUUUGUCUACAAUCAAACUAUUGAGCUCAAUAAAGGAGCUCCUGGUGUGGCUAAGGUCAAUGGAAACUCUCUACCAGCCCCAUUUGCCCUCAGCAAUGGCGCUAUCCGGGUUAAUCAGUCUGGUUCCUCCAUGAUCAUCAGCACUGACUUUGGAGUGUUGGUGUCCUAUGACAUGUCUUCACACGUCCGGAUCAGUGUGCCCUACACUUACCAGAACAACACAUGUGGCCUCUGUGGAAACUUCAACAAUCACCCUGAAGAUGACUUUACAACCCCACAAGGUCUGGUGGUGAGCUCUGAAGUGGUGUUUGCCAAGAGCUGGAAAACUACAGAGCCGCCAACAACUCCAACUACAGAGCCACCAACAACUCCAACUCCAGGCCCCUGUGAAGAGCUGCACUGUACACAGUAUGAGCGGUGUGGGGAGAAAGAUGGUGUGUACGGCUGUUUCUGUGAUGAGCACCACCAUAGACCCAACAAUGAGAGCUACGACUCAAACAUCACAUGCAGCAGCAGUUCAGGCAUCAUGUCGAUAUCUCGCUGCCAGCUGUUUGAAGCGGGCUUUCACUCCAGUGCUCUCCACCUUCGAAAUGAAUCUUGCACCGGGACGAUCCAGGACGGACGACUCGUGUUCCACUUUGACAACAAUGAACAUCUGUGUGGGACAACUCUGAGGAGCAAUGGAACUCACUUCAUGUAUGAGAACACCAUUCAGGGUGAUGUGGACACUCAUGGAGGUCUGAUCAGUCGUCAGAGGACCCUUAAUCUGAGUUUCUGCUGUGUUUACCCUCUGGAACAAGCCCUGUCAAUGGCUGUGGGCAUCAAUCCAAUGGAAAGCAUUGUGGACAAGAAGCUUCCUGUUGGCACCGGAUCAUAUCGUUUGAUAAUGACCCCCUAUGAAGAUGAAGACUUCCUCACGCCCUUCAGCACUAACGCAAUCAUAGGCCUUGAAAUUAAUAAAGUGCUUUUCGUGGAGGUGAAAACAGUGGGAGUGGAUGAGGACCAGCUUUCCACAAUUCUGGAAUCUUGUUGGGCCACGCCAGAAAAUAAUGCAGACCACCCCGUCCGCUGGGAUCUCAUCGAUUCACAGUGCCCCAAUCCAGCAGAUGGAACCGUAGAGGUGAUUAAGAACGGUGUCUCCACUGCGGCACGUUUCUCCUUCAGGAUGUUCACUUUUACCAACUACACAGAGAUCUACCUGCACUGCAAUGUUCACUUGUGUCUUUCGGAAAACAACAACUGCACAGCUGAUUGCUCUCCUGGACACCAAAACCGCCGCCGGAGAGACGUAUCUUACCAUGACUCAGGAAGUCUGUCCCUUGGACCACUAGUUCUUGGGGAGCAACAGACGACUGGUGAACUGAUCUACAGAAAUGAUGCUUCAGGCCAUCUGACAUCAAUUGUUACCCUGAUCUUCAGUUUGCUGAUGACCAGAAUUUUGGCAAAUUGAGAUCAAAGAAGAAUCCCGAUUUAAAAUGUAGCAACAUUUUGUCACUUAUAAUUUAAGCUGUUUAGAGCCUUCUUCAGGGAUUUUGCUUUUCACAGUUUUGCUUUACAUCUCGGGUAAUGCUGUUCUUCAGACGAUUUCUCGGAUUUAUUUAACAUUUAGCGUUUUUGCUUCUUCUGUGGGAUUUCUUAUUAUUACUUAUUGAUAACAGAGGAUGGGAAAUAAUGUGUUGUGGGUGUCAAGUUUACAUAAUGAUUAUGCUAAUUCAUGUUUAAAGAAAGUGUUCAACUGAAUUGAAUAAUUUUGUUCUCAAUAUCUAACUACUGUUUAGAGAUAUUUUUGCAUGUGGGAAGUUUUAAAGAUAUAAUGGAUUAAAACUGAAAUUUAAAUUUAAA